GUUCGACCUUGUUGUGCCCUAAUUUAGUUUCUAUUGUUUUCCCCUGUUUUUGAGUUUCAUCAAAAUUUAUUUUAUAGGCGUUCGUAGAAUAUGGAUCAAACAAGGUGGAUAAAGCUGAUCAUCAUCAUGACUUUAAUAGCUUUAUCUACUGGAAGAGAACUCAGGAUCAAUAGAAAACAUCAUUUGGAGGCUUAUGAUCACACUCUUGCCAUAGUACUGGCGGAAUAUGCUUCUGCAGUAUACAUGUCAGAUUUGACAGAACUGUUUACUUGGACUUGUUCAAGGUGUGAUGGGAUGACUGAGGGAUUUGAAGUGAUUGAGAUCAUUGUGGAUAUUGAACAUUGUUUACAGGCUUUUGUUGGCUUUGCAGACAACCUAAAUGCUAUUAUCAUUGCAUUUAGAGGAACUCAAGGAAACAGUAUACAGAAUUGGAUAGAAGACCUAUAUUGGAAGCAACUUGACUUGAACUACCCUGGCAUGCCUGAUGCUAUGGUGCAUCAUGGAUUUUAUGCUUCUUAUCACAACACAACUGUACGUUCUGGGGUUCUAAAUGCAGUGAAAAGAUCAAAGAGGUUGUAUGGGAAUGUUGAUAUCAUGGUUACAGGGCAUUCAAUGGGAGGGGCAAUGGCUGCUUUCUGUGCAUUGGAUCUAAGGGUCAAUCAUGAAGCCCGAAAUGUUCAUGUUGUGACGUUUGGACAGCCUCGUAUAGGAAAUGCUGAUUUUGCAUCUUACUACAGCGAACUUGUACCUAACACAAUAAGGAUAACAAAUGAACAUGAUAUUGUGCCUCAUCUUCCACCCUAUUACUCACAUUUUGUAGAAAAAACCUACCAUCAUUUCCCAAGAGAGGUCUGGCUCCACAAUAUUGAUUAUGGUAGUCUAAUAUAUAAAAUUGAAACAAUCUGUGAUGAUUCUGGUGAAGACCCUUCUUGUAGCAGAUCUGUAGUUGGGAAUAGCAUAUCGGAUCAUUUGAAUUAUUACGGUAUUAAGAUGGGAGGCGAUGAAUACCGCACAUGUAAAAUUGUGUUUGAUUCUAAAAUAUCCACUUCUGGACUCCUCAUGCAAGAAGAUGUUAACGGAAAUCUAAUAUUGUCAAGGAACAGUACUGCUUCGUCGUCGGUUAUAGAAAUGAAGAUGAAAACAAGGUAUGUUCAUGAAUCAUAACCUCAUUUGAACAACAUUAUUGUAUACAAAUUUGAAUAGAUAUUUUGUACAUAUAUAGUAACUAUUCAUGCAAUCUUGUACAAUAAAUAAAUUCAUGAACUUGGAUGUUAGUGUAUUCUUGAAUUUGCUGAUC